UUUGCAAACCCUAGGAAGGGCGCUGGAUGCGGGAGGCGAGCGCGCUCCACAGGCAUGGUUUUUUUAGGGCAGGCGUAGGGCGCGAUGGCGAGCGCUAGUGUGGAAGCGCAGGCACUGCAGCCGGAGGAGGCGCCGACCGCCCCUCCCACUUCUCCUCCUCCGCCUCUUGUUCCUCCGCCGCUGCCCGACGAGCAGGCGGACGAUAGCAGGACGUUCCCGCUCGAUGUCUCCAGCGCUGGGGCGGAUCUCCUACGCGGCACCGUCCAGACCAAGCUCUCGGAAUUCAUGGGGAGCUACACGGACGAAGUUCUUGCGGAGUAUGUGGUGGUGCUGGUUGGGCAUGGAAAGCAGCAAAAGCAAGCUACUGCGGACCUCGAGGCAUUUCUCGGCGUUCAGAGCGAAGCGUUUGUGUCCUGGCUUUGGGAGCACUUGACAGAAAAUCUGCACGUUUACACCAAAGCAGGCGAGAAGAAGGCUGCAAACGAUGCGCUACCAAAGGAUACUCCGGAGGCUAAGGAUAAAGGAGAGAACGAGAAGAAGGAGAAUCCGACGCAAGAGAAUGCAAAGGAGGAGAAUCAUGUGACAAAGCGGGAGCCGCAAGCCUUACGUCAAGAGCUAAAGCGUUCCCGCUCUCCAGAGGGUUGGGCGAGAAGGAGACGAAGUCGAGCGGAAGAUAAGCCUUCGGCUAUCGAGAGACUUUCUCCUCCUCCUCCUGCUCCUCCUGCUCCACGAUUGAAAGCUUCUCGGAGGCUGCUUGAGUUCGCAGUCAGGGAUGCCGUGGCUCCAGUUGGUGGCUCUAGAAGGGUGGCGGACGCGAAUACAAAGCGGCUUAGAUCUAUUGUUUCAGGCUCGGCUGACCACGAAAAUGCGGGCGCUCCGUUGGACUCGAAUGGCAAGCUGAAGGCACGGCCAGCUAUAACAAAACCUGCAAAGAACUCGCCAGCCAUGAUGAUAGCUUUGAAAGCUGCGGCUGCUGCUGCCGAGGACGUAAACAAUAGGAAGGUGAGCAAGCCUGUUAGUCGAUUUGCUGCGAGCAUUUGGGAUCGUCUUGGACACAAGAGUGAUGAGGAUGAUCAACCUGAUCAAGACCUUGACGAUGCUGACGAGAUCACGGAAAAGAUGGAAUAUGUGCAUGUAGACAGCGCUCCACGGAAUAGCAAGAGUGACCGACACAUGCGAAAGAGUAGAACGGCGGACAGGCUUGGCUUGGUAGAGCGACGUACAGCGGAUACUGCUAUGCCGCCACCACCAGCAGCAUCACAUGACGCUUAUGAUCAUGGGGAGCAGUUUGAGAGGCGGAUUGAAGAGGUGCCUGAAUCUCUGAACAAGAAAGAGCCUUCAAAACGACACACCUUGAGAAAGGAACGUCGCCAAAAGAAAGUGGAGGAGCCUCUGCAGUACAAGCGUGUGUUUCAUACGGACGACGAUACCAAGCACAAGGAUAUCUUACCAUUGGAGAGAAGAACUAGUGUAGAACAGGAAAAGCUUGUGGAUAUACCCAACGGAAAGGGCCAAGAUUUGCAGGAUGUGACGGAGAUGAAGAGGAGAAUGCGGCAAGUGGAGCUUGAAGUAACUAAGUUGCGGACAAAGCAAGACGAAGCUGCCAAAGUUUCUGAAAAGUCCUCGGCACCACACCCUCCUGCGGCUACUACUAACAUUCCUAGUGUUCCAGCUGCCACUACGUCUAUGCAAACCGCACCUUUAACAAGUUUUAAAACGCCCCAGUCCUCAUCAGAUGAUACUGAUUCCAAGGUUAUUCUGGUGACCAACGUGCACUUCGCGACCACGAAGGAAGCUAUUUCCACGCAUUUUGGUUCCUGUGGCGAGGUUGUAAAGGUGACGAUGCUAACGGAUGGAGUAUCCGGCAAACCCAAGGGGUCUGCGUAUGUGGAGUUUUCAUCCAAGGACGCAGCCGACAGGGCCCUGUCUCUAAACGAGUCGAGUUUACUUUCGAGACCCAUACGGGUAGCUCGAAAGGAUGCUAACGUAGCAGAAACCAGUAGCCCAGCAGCAGCAGUCAUGCGGCCUCGGCCACCAGUCCGAAUGCCCAUGAGAGCAGCGUUCCCGCGAGCAGCGUUUAUGAGGGGGUCACCGUACAUGAUGAGGCCACCGCCCCGUCUGGUAAGGCCUCCUUACCCCGUAGGUGCUCCACAUUUACAGUGGAAACGAGAUGGUGGCGCCAGCCAAAUGGGGCCGUCGAGCGCAGCAAAGAAUGGCUUUCGGUCAAGCGUGGGGCCGAUCAGACUGAAGCGGUCCCUUUCAUAUGUUCGGCCAGUGGUACCAGUGACACCGACGCCCCCUGAGGCAACAGCAGCGCCAGCGGCAGCAGCAGCCACAACGGCAGCGGCAGGAACAGCGGCAGCCUUGUCAACAAGUACAGAGACUCAGAAAGGAAGUUAAGGUGGAGAACGAAGUAAGAACAACAGGAAAAAAACGAAGAAGCGAUGGAGGAGCUAAAGCUCUCUCUAUAUACUGGGUUUCACCUGAAGAUGAAAAGGCUGCGAGUGUUCUACUGGAAGAGAAAAGUUUUGGCAGCAUAGCUUUGCUCGGGAAUGGGGGGAGGGGAUGGAUCGAAGCUGUGGUGGUGUGAUGGAAGGAGAGAUUUCGAAGCUUGUUCCUACGGUGAUUUGUAUCGUCGGUGGUGAUUUUUACGAAGGGAAAAGCAAGCCGGCAAGUUUUCUAGCUGUGGUGGUGGUGAAGAUUUGUGGGAGGCAUAUAUUUUGUUUGAGUGUUUCUUAGAUGCUUUUUAUUUAACUCCGUUGUCUAGCCUGGUUCUUUUGAUUUGUAUGGUUGUGUGAAAGGAUCUUCCAGCUAUUGGGGGAUCAAUCAAAAAAUUCUUAUAUACCCUUC